AUGGGAACAGCUAGAAAUGGCGAAACCAAUCGGUACUCGGUCAAGUUCUACGACAGCAAAGUAUGUAAGAGUUUUUUAUUAGGCUGCUGCCCGCACGAGAUCCUGGCCUCCACGGUAAGUAAUGCUAACGGGACACACACAUACACACACGGGGAUCUGUGAUAUGUUGUUGUACGCUUAGAUAUCAAUGUCUUCCAUCCCGCUCUCUACAAUUCUAUCCACAUUUUCCUCUGUGAUGUUGUAACAUCCGUCUCUCCCCCGCAUUGUUCCCCGUGUCUUUUGGAAAGUAUUUGCUCAAAUGUAUCUGAACGAAGCGAAUGUACAAAUUAGAUUGACACUUGCAAGCGCUUGCAAGCUUAGAAGGUUGCGGCAAAGGUCGUGGUUGCUGUGGGAGAGUGCGCUGGCGUGUUUUUGGGCGUGCUGUAUGAUUGAUUCUGCUCCUGUUACUUUAUCUUUCCCACUCUUGUUCGGUUCUGUUCUAUUUUUUACAGACGUCGGUCACAACACGUCGCUUUUUCCUCACAAUUUCAAGCAAUAAAAAUCAUUCCCAAUACAAAAAACGCAAGAUACACACAAUAGCCCAUACCAGGCAAAAUGAGUAAAAGGGAAAGCGAAGGUGCGUGUGCAUUCUAUUUGGUAAGUUGUGCUAUCUCGCAGCGAAGCGCAGGAAACCACAAGCCGUAAGCAAACCAAAAUAAUAAAAAAACCAAUUUGUCGAAUAACUAGAUGUGUGCAUGUUGCCCUAUAUGCAUAUAAAGCAAACUUUCAUCUUUCGCUUAGGGGAGGGCCACCCCGCGACCACACGGUAUCGCGUGCGGCCGCCAUCGUCGUUGCUCGUUGCUCUGUAGAUUCGUUCAAGCAAGCAAAUCGCAAUCGCCUGCACCCACUCGCGUUAUGAUAAGAAACGAACUAGUACGAAGAUGGUCGCGAACCGUUUGUUGUCCGCCCGCAAAGCAACCAUCCUUCUUUAACGCACUGAUUGAUAAGAGAGUCAUGAUGAUGAUGAUGGUGAUGAAGAUGAUGGGAGAUAAUAAGACUGAAGCCGAGUCUACAUCCUGUCGCCCGCUCAUUACCCGCUCUCCAACGAUGCCAAGCAGUUUCUAGUUGUCCGACCCAUUUGUCCUACCUACCUACCUUUCCCGCGUUACACGCGGUACGGCAAACCGCCCGUCCGGAGGUUUGGUGGUUGCACUUUUGUUCAGAGACAGUGGCUGCUGCUGACGCUUCCUGGCCCGGGUACCGUAAGUGUUUCCUACAAUGUUUGCCGUCGAAAAAAGAGAAGAAAAAAAAAACAAUUAUCAAUAUUCCUUACCCCAUUCUCAACACCUAGUACCCUCUAUUCUGACCCAGCCGUGUAUAGAUGAUAAUGUUUAGUUUUGAUUGAUUUGUAAUUUGCCUGACGAUUCGUGCGUAUCGGUCCCACCUUUUCUCACACGAAACUUCGGCAUUCGAUAAUAUAAGCCCAAUUGUCUACAGAGAAUCAUAUUUGUGUCAUGGUGACUGGGGGCCCAUUGUGGACGAAAGAUCUGCGGGAAUGUGCCUCUGGUUUUGUGCACCGCACCGCCCUAGUCUGCGUUUAGUGUGUAGUUCGUCUUGGGUACGUAUUAAUAAUGAAGGAUAAAUCCAAACACUUGCGAGAGCAAAGCCCCCCGUAUAUAGCUUCUUCAUCCGACGUUUGGGUACUGUCCUGGUGUGUGAUACGCUUACGGGUACGUAAAUAUUGUGUUUGUGAGAAUGCAAAUACUACCGAUAAGAGACAAAAGUUGUAGAUCGCUUAGGCAGGCAAAUAGGAAGCGUUGAACAGGAGGAUACUACAUCAGAACCUUAGAGCAUAAUUAAUUGCCCAGAUUUUAUUUAUCAAUUUAUUUAUGACAAAAAGCUCUUCUAAUUUAUUUGUAGAAUAUAGUUUUAUGUGUCUCUUUAUUUUGAAGUUUGCUUUUAGAAAGAUAACCAAGAUUUGUAAAAAUAAUUAAAAGAUUAAAAGAUGAAGUCAUUUCCAGAGAAACAGCUAUAGCUAUUCCACCAGUUUCUAUAUCUGUGAAGUAGACAUGCAGGGCAGUAAGACCAAGAUAUAUAAUUGUAUAAUUUGACUAAAACAAAAACGAUCGCUCUCCUACAUUUGGGAACGUGUUAUCAUUAUCUCUAGGUGUGUGGUGUUUAAACUGCUUGGUGAGUAACAAACAAACAUCAUCCAAUUUAUAUUUUUAACUAGGUUUCCUUUUCUGUAACAUCCGGUAUCCGACAUCAUCUAACAUCUGUACCAAAAUAAGCAAAACAUUUUUGAUUUUCAGGUCUUCUUGUUGUCGAAUGCGUUCUCUCUCUCUCGUGUGCACGCGCGCUGCUCCAUCAAGCAAGUUAUAAAUUCCUAUAGUAAUUUCAAUCUUAACCUAUUGUUCCUUUGUUUGAUGUGUGCGGUCAGUGCAGCUGAAGACGCAUUUCUAUGCUGCGUUUAAAGUAUUGCCUUUUUACAAUAAGAUAGCGUUUAAAGUUUAGUUGAGUUUCCUUUUUUUUGUCUUUUUGGCUGCGUGUUUGUCUGUGCCUCCUGUACUAAACGAUCGAGUGUUUCGUUUCUUUCCUUCUCUUCCAUCUUUCCUUCGUUCUUCGUUCUUUUGUACGUGACGUCACUGUGUGUGUCCGUGUGUCUGUAGCGUAUGGACCUUGGCGAAUGUCCUAAGGUGCACGAUCUGGCCCUGCGAGCGGACUACGAAAAUGCAUCAAAGAAUAAGGACUACUACUAUGACGUUGAUGCAAUGGAACAUCUGCAAGCCUUCAUCGCGGACUGCGAUCGUCGCACGGAGGCGGCCAAGAAACGGCUCGCCGAAACGCAGGAGGAGCUAACAGCCGAGGUGGCCGCCAAAGCGAACGCAGUGCACGAGCUGGCGGAGGAAAUCGGUAAGAAACUUGCUAAAGCGGAGGCUCUAGGUGAGGCGGGACAGGUGGAGGAAAGCAUGAAGCUGAUGUCGGAGAUCGAGGAGCUGCGGUCGGAGAAGACGCGCGCCGAGCAGGAGUAUCGCAGCUCGAUACCGGCCAGCACCUACCAGCAGCAGAAGCUGCGCGUCUGCGAAGUCUGCUCGGCCUAUCUGGGCAUCCACGACAACGACAUCCGGCUGGCGGAUCACUUUGGCGGUAAGCUACAUCUGGGCUUUCUGGCCAUUCGCGAAAAGCUGGCAGAGCUGGAGAAGACGGCCGGUCCGCGGCAGAAGGAGCUGCGCAAGACGGGGCGCGACCGGGACCACGAGGAUCGGAGCCGAUCGCGGUACGUCGGCGGCAGGGAGCUGGAUCGGCGUUCCCGUGCGUUGGCCCGCAGCCGUGACCGGAAGGAUACGAAUCGCGAAAUUAAACCGGGUGAUGAUCGGAAGGAUCGGAAUGAAGGUCGUGAUCGAGAUCGCGAUCAGCGUGACCGAGGCGAUCGUCGCCGGUCGCCCGAUCGUAGCAGCCGCCGAUCGAGAAGCCGUGACCGUAGCCGUGAGCGCGACCGCCACAACGAUCGGCACAACGAUCGACGCCGGCGGUCCCGGUCACGCGAUCGAUCCAGACGGUAAGCAUCUAUCAUUCUGUAGACAUCCCAAAACCACACAAAGCAGGUACUAGCGGAUAGGAAUGAGCAGAGAGAAUGCACGAUCUGUCCGACGUUCGUGCGUACUGCAGCCCGCACCCGUUUUCAAUAAACGCGCAAUGAUCGUGUAGACGGCUUCAACGGAAAACUCGCGCUCUUGUUGUGGAUGGACCGCGGAACACCGAUUAAUUUGUAAGCAUAGUUCUAACUUCAUUAUAAUUUUUAUUCAACCUUACGAUAUUUGUUUUUCCUAACCGACACGUCGCAAAUUGUGCUAAUUGGACAGUGUUGUUUAAAUGAAACAAUCACAGUUAGUUAAAAAAAAACUUCUUGUAAAAUGGAAUCAAUUUCAAUGGAACAUCUUGAUAUUGUUUAAACAUUUAAUUACACACUCUGUUCCGCUGCGUAGUGUUAUUGCCCGGUGGUGAAUGUAUAAGUUAACACAGAAAUGGUACAAUAAACCCCAUCGAUGGGUUAUUAGUGCAUAACAAUUUGCGAGUGUAUCGUUGCAUCGUGCUGUGUCGUCGCAAAUCGCUUUGAUUCGGACCCGGAGAGAGAGAGAGAGAGAGGGAGAUCAACUGAAUUGGCGAACCAUCUCUGAGUAUGUAUUGCAAAGCGUGUAAAUGCAGAAUUAUAGUAACAAAAAUCUUACGUAGUCCGUAUAGGGGUAGUCAUAAUAUUCUGAAGGCAAAUCAGAUCAGUAAAAUGGGGCUUUUUGGAGUUUUUUAACUAUCGUCCGGGAUGUGUGUGGUUUUGUUAUGUUUAGUUUGAGCUGAUUGCCGUCUAUGCACUGGCACAACUGAUUCACUCAGCCGUGAAUCGUAAUCCUAUCAUCAGACAUACAUUGUCCAUCGUUUAAAAAUAAUGUAUCCUUGGGGAAGUGGAAGCAUGACUUUUUCAUCUUUGCAUGAAAACGAACGCUUGUAUUGCUGUUGCAGGAUGGCUAAUUUAUUUUGGCAACCAAUCACCCAUUAGGGCUUUGUAAAGUAAGCACACAGGACACAACUGAAACGCGCAAUAGCGAGCGUUUUUCAUGUUCGAGCAAAAUUCAAAUGAAAAAAGUAAAAUAGGCAUAAGCAUUUAAAUAACGUUUUAUAUCAACCAUCUGUAAGAUCCCCAUACAGGUUUUUUCGUAGGUGUAUAGAAGAAAUAAAAUUGAGCAUUACGUGUCAAAUAAAAUUUCAA